AUGGAGGAACUAAGGGAUGUACGAUCAGUUUCUAGAAUUUUCUUUGACACGAUUUUUUUGGCAGAAGAGAUAAUGGGUGGAUCACUGUCAUCUGAAAGAACUCAGAAGUUAUUUGAUUCGAUGUUGAAACUCCACCUUAGAAGUCUACCAAAACAGGAAAAGCUUAAGGAUAUUGGACUGGUUUUCUUCCCAGUAGUUGAGAAUAGUAAAUAUUAUCUGAUAUGCUUUGAUCUAAAGGUUCCAACGUACUACAUUAGAGACCAUCUAAACCGAAAUGGUGCUGUUGAGGACAUCUAUGGAAUAAAACUCAUUCAUGUGGAAAAAUUGCUUGGGCCUAUUUAA